GUUUGAUCAUUGCGAUGGCAGACACGGAGGGCCUCGUCCACAUCCUCAAAGCACCGUCCAAGGACGCGCUUCAGCAGAUCUUCAAGGACGCAUUCAACUUCCGCCUGCGACCAACCGCCCCGCAAUCGUUCAUUGAGAGCACAACCAAGGGACUACAAAUCUCAGAAGCUGAUGCCAAACAGUUGUUUGACGCCGCGCGCAUCAUUGCCCAAGAAGCCCUGUUUGAAGGCCUCGAGCCACAGCGCAUCGCCAGCCUGUUCCCCGUCAACAUGCAAAAGAACGGCAAGCUGGCAACCAUGAUCUAUGAGCUCGUCCCGACCUGGAAGCUGCAAUCCAUCGACGAGCAGGUCUCCCUUCCCCGGCUCGUCGACUUUGACUGGCGCAUUGACAUCAAGACUGCUUCUGAUAGCGCCUCCAAGAUGGCUGUUCCCACCGUGCUUUUGCAAAUGAAGGUGCGCGACACACCAACACGUACAGACCAACAACCCGGCGAGAGCAUUGUGAACUUUGAGCUGACAAAGGAGACGCUCGAGACUAUGCUGGAUGGCUUGGGCAAGAUUCGCGACCAGCUGUCCUCGGUUGCAAAGUGAGAGAGACGACGGUGCAUUUUUUUUGUUUUUGCCUGUGGCUCGUCAAACAAGCUAUUGUGUAUUGUGUGCGUGUUUGUGAUACCGGAGUCGUGUGCGUUUGUGUCGCGGCAACACCGAUUGUGCAAAAUUUUAUCUUUUUUGUUUUUUUUUUUGUUU